AUGACUCCUGGAGGUGGUAGUGGGCCCAUGAAAGACUGUGAAUACAGUCAGAUCAGCACACACAGCUCCUCAUCUCCCAUGGAGUCUCCCCAUAAAAAAAAGAAAGCAGCUCCCAAGAGAAAAUGGGAGGUUUUCCCUGGAAGAAACAAAUUCUUUUGCAACGGAAGGAUCAUGAUGGCCCGGCAGACUGGAGUCUUCUACCUGACUCUGGUUCUCAUCUUGGUCACCAGUGGACUCUUCUUUGCAUUUGAUUGUCCAUAUUUGUCAGAGAAGAUUACACCUGCUAUUCCUGCAAUAGGUGGGAUUCUGUUCUUUUUCGUGAUGGGGACCCUGCUGCGUACUAGUUUCAGUGAUCCUGGAGUCCUCCCACGUGCAACACCAGAUGAAGCAGCAGACCUGGAAAGACAAAUAGAUAUUGCAAAUGGCUCCAGUUCCGGAGGAUACCGUCCACCUCCCAGAACAAAAGAAGUAAUCAUCAAUGGACAGACAGUGAAACUAAAAUACUGUUUCACUUGCAAGAUUUUCCGCCCACCUCGUGCCUCACAUUGCAGCCUUUGUGAUAACUGUGUAGAACGGUUUGAUCACCAUUGUCCCUGGGUAGGCAACUGUGUGGGGAAAAGAAACUACAGAUUUUUUUAUAUGUUUAUUUUAUCUCUGUCCUUUCUGACAGUCUUUAUAUUUGCAUUCGUUAUCACCCACGUCAUCCUUCGAUCACAGCAAGCAGGAUUCCUAAAUGCCCUCAAGGACAGUCCAGCAAGUGUGCUGGAAGCUGUCGUGUGUUUUUUUUCCGUUUGGUCUAUUGUUGGUCUCUCAGGUUUUCAUACAUAUUUGAUCAGCUCCAAUCAAACAACAAAUGAAGAUAUUAAAGGAUCUUGGUCAAAUAAAAGAGGUAAAGAGAAUUACAAUCCAUACAGUUAUGGCAACAUCUUUACUAAUUGUUGUGCAGCGCUGUGCGGGCCCAUCUCUCCAAGUCUAAUUGACAGAAGAGGAUUUAUACAGCCAGAUACACCACAGCCAGCAGCACCAUCAAAUGGCAUUACAAUGUAUGGGGCAACACAGUCUCAGAGCAACAUGUGUGAUCAAGAUCAGUGCAUUCAGAGCACUAAAUUCGUUUUACAGGCUGCUGCCACACCACUACUACAGAGUGAACCCAGCAUAACUAGUGAAGAGCUACCUUUACCAGGAAAGACCACUAUCGGUGCUCCUUGUGCCACGCUAACCCUAGGGCAGCCGACACCACCGUCCUCCAUGCCAAAUCUCACAUCAGAAACAGGUUUGACAGACAUGAUACCAUUAAAAGAGGAACAUGAAGGUCAUCAGUUUCUCACUCCUGAGGAAGCUCCAUCACCUCCUGGUAUGCUGCCAGCAGGGAGCCCUAUAACACACAGCCAUACCAUGCACGUCCUGAGCCUAGCCAGCCAAGAUUCAUUGCAUGAAGACUCAGUGCGUGGUCUUGUGAAGCUUAGCUCAGUUUGA